CUGAUUCACAAAAAUGGCGACCCGGUGAAGCUGUCAAAGUAUGUCGGUUUAAAACUGUCGAAACCGAACACUGGGAACUCAAUACAGACUCGUUGUCUAUACUAACUCACUUUAAUUAACUUAAUUUCAUUGUCUGAUAAUAGUUAAUGACGUCUGUAUGAAAAUAGGAGAUGUUUUUUUUCUGUGAGGAGGUGACAUUGGGUAGGACAGACUGCUGCAACUGACACUCUGCUCUGCAAGUAAAGAACGUGGUGUCAUAAAUCUCUGACUAGGAAUACCAAUGAGUUUGGACGUGUUUAAAUAACUGCUAUUUAAGUUGUGUCUGUUUUUAAAAUGGCUUGGAGGUCGCGUCUCUGUUGUGUUGGACAGAGAAAUCUGAGUAUUUUAUCCAACCCGUCUCCAUCUAACUGGACUAAAGUGGUGUCUGAUGCGGAGAAAAUCGUGGGAUAUCCCACUUCAUUCAUGAGUUUACGAUGUUUGCUCAGUGACGAGCUCAGCAAUGUGGCCAUACACGUAAGGAAGCUGGUUGGGACAAAACACCCCCUGCUUAACACCGCUAGGGGCUUUGUGUUUGACAGCCGGAACAAUCUUCAGAUGCGAGGUCUGGUGGUGCUGCUCAUGUCAAAAGCAGCCGGCCCAAGUUCCAGCAGCAGUAGCCCGACACUUGACAGUAUGGUCAGCGGCAUCUACCCCAGUCAGCGCAACUUGGCUGAGAUCACAGAGUUGAUUCACACCGCAUUUCUGGUGCAUCGUGGGAUCGUUAAUUUGAAGGAGUGGACGAACUCAGACGGCCCCCUUAAAGACAUGCAGUUUGGAAACAAGAUGGCCGUCCUUAGUGGUGAUUUUCUGUUGGCAAAUGCCUGCACGGGAUUGGCCCAGCUUAACAACACCAAGGUGGUGGAGCUGAUCUCCAGUGCUAUCGGAGAUGUGGUGCAAGGACUCUACGGCUCCUGUUCAGCAGAGGUAGGAAGUCUAACAGUUGCAUCAUGGGAAGACCAGACAUUCCUGUCUCAUGGCUCACUGCUUGCCAAGAGUUGUCAGGCAGCGAUGGAGCUGGCCAAACACUGUACCGAAGCACAGAAUUUGGCCUUUCAGUAUGGAAAACACCUCGCUUUGGGACAUAAGCUAAACUCUGAUCUGCAGCCGUUUAUGAAGAGUGGGUCAGAACCGGCUGUGUUUAGUUUGGACUCCGCUCCUGUAGUAUUUCACAGACAGAUUAUAGGCCCAGAGAGAUGGCGGCACCAGCUACAACAGGUCCAGAAUAUGGCUAGACAGAUUGAUUCCACAAAGCUCCGAGGUCUGAUAAAGAUGGAAAGAGGCGUGAACCAGGCGCUAGACCUGUGCAGUUACCACGGCAACAAGGCCUUAGAGGCCAUGAAGUGUUUCCCACCCUCAGAGGCUCGGUCAGCUUUGGAAAACAUGGCCUGUGCCGUCAAUAAGUUUUGAAGGUGGUUUAUGACCGGUUCAAGAUGCAGUUGAUUCUGAAUGCUGAAUUUCAACCCAUCUGGACUCUGUCGAUCAUGGUGCUGCUUUUGAACUCGUUUUGGAGUUUUUAAGUCUCUGACCUGCUCUCGUCGAAAGACGGAGAUACAACUUUCCAGGUGACGGUUAUGUUCAUGCAGAACAGACGUGUCUUAAAACCAGUUUACUGGACUUGUUUAUACUCUAUGCAUUCAGUUACCAAAUCACAGAUAUCUUGUGAAAUAAAACCAGCUAUCUGUUUGGAAAA